ACUUUAUUACAUGAAAAUACAGUUUUUGAAACAGUUAUUCUCACGUGUUUGGUAUGAAACACGCGCUCUGUCCUGGAGCGACGUACCACGCUUUUUUAUUUGGCUAGGAAAGAUCCUCGUUUCUAGAAAUUCUCUGGUAGCUAUAAGAAUAACUGUAGUUAGUUUAGCUAUUAAUAUUUGUGUUUUCUUUGCGGUUAUGAGAGACAGAACAGUUUGCUAUAUUGCAAUAAUGGAGUAUUUGAUUCACACUAUUGCUGCAAGUCACUCUCAUGUAGGUUCCGUGUUCAGAGGUGGCCUUGUUAUGGCCGUUGCAGGAUUAAUUGGAAGUGUACUGGCUAUAGUUUCCCUUGCUAUGGCAGAUGGUUCUGGCGUUGCUCUUUAUUUUAUCAUGUUAGUUUGUUGCUUUCUCAUAGCUAUCAUCCGUCUCAAUCCUCACCUUACACCCUUGGGUAUUCUUGCAAACUUUAUGUACGGUGCCACUCUGAUUUUUUGUGUAAAAACUUCCCCUUCAAGAGCUUGGUUCGUGGUAUACCCAACCCUUCUAAGUGCAGUGUGGUCUGGUGUAGCAGCUGCUUUGGCGGGUUUGCUCAUCUUUCCAAAAUUGGCAAGAACACAACUCAGGUCGAAUGUUGUGCAAAAUCUAAAUAGAAGUGCUGAUACACUUGAGCGUAUUUCGUCCUUUGUUUUAAGUGAAGAUUCGGACAAGGAAAAUGUUACCUUUACUGCAGUGGAAGAUUGCUAUGCAAUUCACGCAUCGCUUCUUUACACUCGCACCUUUGUACCACUUAUACCUUUUGAACCUGAUAUUCUGCAUCCGUUUAGAGAAGAACCUUCGAAGCUUUGGGAAACAUUAAUCAAAGAUGUUGAUCAACUUGUACUUUAUAUUGAAGCAGUCUCUGGAAUUCUGAGGAGAGAACGACUUAUUAGCAAAGGUUCAUUACACAUGUUAACUAAUGGGUCAUUGGAUACGCUCAAAGAUUAUUUUAAUCAUUUAUGUAAGUUAGUAACAAGUCUUGCUGAAUGUUUAAAAGUGGGUAAAGACCCAAGUCAACUGGAGAGGCUUCCAAUUGAUCUGCGAAGUGACAUGAACAACGAAGUAGCAAACAUUUUUAAGCAGUUUUGGAUCAAUAGUCAUUCAAGAAGUACAAGACAGCUACCAUCUUCUUUGGAAUCAGUUUCUCUUAUAUUCUUUUCAUUCAGUUUGAGAACCUUCGAUGAUGCAAUAGCCAAGAUAUCCGAAGAUAUACAAGAAUUAUAUCGAAAACGCCAAGAACGCAGUAAUAUCUGGAAGAAUUUGUUUUCUUGGCUAGAAAUAGUUUGGGAGCCUAUUGAAGUGUUCAAACGGUCACCUCAGUUAUUGCGGGAUGUUGAUAAUCUCAAAUUUCUGUUUCGACAAGUUCUAAGUGUUGCAAUCAUUAUUGUUCCUUCUAUUCUGGUUGCAGGUGUCUCAAAAGCGGAUUACAAUUUCACCCAAGAUUACAAUGCAGUCUCAGCAUAUAUUAUGGUUAUUAUUAUCUAUAUGCGUGGUGUUGAACUGACUUGGUACAGAUUAUUACUGUAUUGUCUCACAACAGUAAUUUCAAGUGCUCUGGCAUAUGCUGCCACAGUUUUUGCUGGAGAAGAUCCCUAUAUUCUUACUUUAUGGAUGGGAUUGUGGAUUUAUGCAGCUCUAGUUCCAACUCUUUACUUCCCGUCAUAUAUAAUAGCAGACCUCGGUUUUGUUUUUGCACAGUUCUUUACUAUUUCAUGUCAGUAUGGCACAAAUUUUACAUUUGUUUACCCAGCUUCAAGAGUUGUGAGUGUAUUUGCAGGUUGCUUUGUAGUGGGACUAGUGUCUGCUACAUUUUGGCCCUUCAAGGCUUCAAAGGAUUGUCAGAAGACCCUAAUUGACAUCAUGGAGAAGGAAAAACAGCUAUUCAAUGACUUUGUUGAUCACUUUUUUCUGUGCAAUCAACAAGUAUCGACUGAGGGAUGGACAUUGACAGAUGAAAUUGCAGAAAAGUUGAGCUUUAUUGAAGGACAGUUGACAAAAUUGAGAACUGUGACCAACUUGGAUCCUUCCAUUGGCUUGACUCAUCCUUCAAUACCGAAAAUGUUAUCUGCUGUAUCGUCAAUUUUUAGGAGACUUGUAUGCAUGAAGGUUGUUUUAAGUGCGAAACCAGAGCUAACAGGGAGAUAUUUGACUACAGUUUGGAAUAACUAUUUAUCUUCUAUGAACGAACAAUACCAGUUGCUCAAGAGUUCAACCACAGAGUUGUUUGAUAGUAUUUCUAAACGGUUUGGGAUAAACUCAAGCCAACGAGGAGAUACUUCGGAGAUAGAAGAAUCACACGAACGAUUGUUCUACGCUUACGAGAAUCUGUUUGGAGAGUUUAGAAAGCUUCGUAUGUACUUGAUUGAGGAAGUUUCCAAAUUGGGAACUCGAGAGUCUUCAGGUGAUGUGAAUGAGUUUCCUUGGUGGGACAAGGAUUUUCCGUUGCAUCCUGACGAUGCUGUUCGACAUUUAACCUUCCUGUACAGUUUAUUGCAAGUUUUGGAUACUAUUGACAAUCUCGCUCUGGUGGGAACCUCCCUAAAACCUGGCAAUGAAGAUCUUCGACUUCGAAAAAGUAUUUCACAAAGCAUACGUAACUCUGUAGAAUUGUCGGAACCAUCUUUAAGUGGUCUAGACGGUACAUCUGAAAGCAGAGGAGAUAGGUCCUUGAAUAGAGAGGAACGGGAAAUAUCUUUUCGGCAAGAGUCGAGUAUUUUUAAGGACUCUCGAGAAGAGAGGAAACUUACUUUGGAAAUGGGUUAUUACAAAGUAUAAAGGGAGAUAUUCAUAGAUAGAGAGGACCGAAAGACGCAGUAAAUGUAUUAUU